AUGUCUGUCGCCUCUGUUCUCCGCAUUGGCUCUCGAUGCACCUCCAACUCCACAAAGUCGUCAUUACAUGUCGCCUCGACCUCCUUGGGUCUUCCUCGGUCCUUCUCCGUCCUCGGAACCAGGCGUGUUGGCUCCAACCUCGCUCAGUUUGGCGGUUCGUUUAAAGCCCCAACCUUAGCCAGCCAGCAGGACCCCUACACGCUUCUCGGAGUGAAGAAGACUGCAUCGCAGUCCGAGAUCAAGAAGGCCUACUACCAGCUUGCGAAGCAGUACCAUCCCGACACCAACAAAGAUCCUGCUGCCCGUGAAAAGUUUGUACAGAUCCAGGAAGCGUAUGAGAUUCUCUCAGACGAGCAAAAGAAGGCGCAAUACGAUGAGUUUGGCCAUGCAGGAUUCAAUGGCAACUCGCCUCAUGGGGCAGGAGGCUUCCCUGGUGGAUUCCCUGGUGGGUUCCCAGGAGGCGCUGGAGGCUUUGGCAACUUUGAGGACGUGUUUGAUUUCUUUGGCGGUGGGUUCGGUGGACCACGCGGAUCGCGAUCAUCAGGAUUCUCCAGCGUUGGAGAGGACCUGGAGGUGCCACUCGUCAUUGAUUUCAUGGAGGCAGUCAAGGGAGCAUCAAAGAAAGUUUUGGUUGACCCCAUCAGGACUUGCGACCCUUGCCACGGACAUGGAACAAAGAACGGAAAGGCGCCUGAUACCUGUAAGGUGUGCCAUGGUACUGGUCAACAAAAGAUCUCUCUCCAGGGAUUCCAUAUGGCAGCACCUUGCCAGGCUUGCGGCGGUGUCGGAACUAUGCUUCAGAAAGGGAAGGAGUGCCACACUUGUGGAGGAGUCGGUCGUGUGCGCGUCCACGAGUCUGUUGAUGUUCACAUUCCUGCAGGUGCCGAUGAAGGUGUUCGUAUUCGCUUGAGUGGAAAGGGUAACGCUCCUGUGCAGGGCGAAGGAAAGUCUGGAGAUCUGUUUGUUCGUCUCAGAGUCAAGCCUUCUCCAUUCUUUAAGCGCCAGGGAGCAGAUGUCUAUACCGAGACUUUCAUUCCCUUCACCACAGCAGCCUUGGGAGGCUCGGUCAAGAUCCCCACAGUCGAUGGCGAUGUAGAGUUGAAGGUCCCUUCAGGAACGCAGCCCAACGAUGUCAGCCGUCUUGCUAAGCGUGGUAUCCAGAGGUUGAACAGGAACGACAAGGGAGAUCAGUUUGUCACGCUCAAAGUCGCCCUCCCAAAGACUUUAUCCAAGGCUCAGCGUGAGAUCUUGGAGAAGUAUGCCGAGAUCACCAACCCUGGCAGCACCAGUAGCAGCUCCUCUUCGACUUCUUCAUCUUCUUCAUCUUCUUCUACAUCAUCAUCAUCAUCAUCAUCGACGUCGAGCGACAAGAGCACAAAGAAGGAUGAUUCAUCGUCGUCGUCUGGAAACGGGUUCUUCAAGUCUACGUUUGACAAGUUGAAGGACAAGUUGCACCACGAUGAUACCAAGAAGGACGAUAGUAAGAAGGACGAUGACAAGAAGGUGUAA